UCUCCCGGAUAUGGAUUGUUCCUUACGGCUGAAACAACAGAAGGGGUUGUGUAUCAUGGAGAAGCGAUGUCAAAGCCGAAAGGAGAAGCUGGCGAUCCAAUUGUAGCAGAGGAUGUUGGGAGUAAUGCUGCAAUUGCACUACUGGAAGAAAUCUACAGAGGUGGAUGUUUGGAUAGUUCAGCUCAAAUACUGGCGAGCUCUUUCAUGGCUCUUGGGCAAAAAGAUAUUUCAAAAUUUCUUUUUGGCCCCUUGACUGUUUAUAGUGGUACAUAUCGUUGGUCCUGA